AAGAGGUCUAGCUACCCAAUUCGCAAGAGAACUUGGAUUCGAAGCAUGUGUGGCUCAAAGAUAGUGGAAAAUGUACAGAGAAACAGAAGAAGUGCCUUACAAAAAUCUUCUUUCAACAACGAUUAUAACGACUUUUUGAGGAAUCUAGUGGACGAUGAACCCCUCCUAGCUUGA